AUGGAAAAUGUACUGGAGUUAGAACAUGAGCAAACACAUGAACCACCCUCUUCUUCAUCUCCUGCUUCUCCUUCAUCAAGGCAAGCAGGAGGAUGGAGAUCUAUCAAGUACAUUAUUGGAAAUGAGUCAUUCGAGAAAUUGGCAUCCAUGAGUUUGAUAUCAAAUCUGACAAUGUACUUGCUCACAAAUUACAACCUGAGUGGCAUAUAUGUGGUGAAUGUGGUGCAAAUUUGGAAUGGAUCCUCCAAUAUCUUCUCAAUAGUUGGAGCUUUCAUUUCUGAUACUUAUCUUGGAAAGUUUUGGACCCUCAUCUCUGGCUCUAUUUUCUCACUUUUGGGUAUUUUGACCAUAACCCUUACAGCAGGUAUACAUCAACUAAGACCUCAUCCCUGCGCCGUUGAACCUCAUUGCCAAUCUCCACGUGCUUGGCAGCUAGCAGUCCUCUUUUUAGGUCUUGGAUUGUUAUCCAUAGGAGCUGGUGGCAUUAGGCCAUGCAACAUUGCUUUUGGUGCGGAUCAAUUUGACACCAAGACAAAGAAGGGUAUGGCACAGUUUGAGAGUUUCUUCAAUUGGUGGUACUUCUCUUUCACCAUUGCACUCAUUAUAGCACUCACUGCUGUUAUCUACAUUCAAACUAAUGUAAGUUGGACUCUAGGUUUUGCCAUUCCAACUUGUUGUCUUGCUUUCUCAAUAACCAUCUUUAUACUUGGUCGCCACACUUAUAUUUGCAAGAAGCCUCAAGGGAGCAUAUUCUCAGACAUGGCUAAAGUCAUUGUAGCAUCCUUUAGGAAACGCAAAAUACAGGCUUCUGGUAAAACCAUUUAUAAUCCUUCUUCCAUAUCAGAGGAAGCAAAAUUGGAGAAUACAAAGAUUGUUCAGACUGAGAGGUUCAAGUUCCUUGAUAAGGCUGCUAUAAUAGUUGAUCCUAGUGAAUUGAAUGACCAAGGCAUGGCUAGGAAUGUUUGGAGACUUUGUAGCUUGCAACAAGUGGAACAUUUAAAAUGUCUGUUGGGAAUUCUACCAGUGUGGGUGACAGGAAUUUGUUGCUUCAUUGUGAUGGAUCAACAGAACACUUUUGGGGUGCUUCAAGUUGUUCAAACCGAUAGGUCGAUUGGGUCCCACUUCAAGGUUCCACCUGGUUGGAUGAACCUGACAUCAAUGAUAACACUUGCAUUUUGGAUAUUCAUUUAUGAAUGUGUCUACAUUCCCAUUGCGAAAAGGCUUACUAAAAAGGUUCCAAGAUUGAACUUGAGGCAAAGAAUCAAAAUUGGGAUUUUGUUUUCCAUCUUAUGCAUGUUGGUUGCAGCAAUUGUUGAAAAGAAUCGUCGUGACUCAGCUUUGAAACACAACAUGUAUAUUUCACCAAUAAGUUUUGCAUUGUUUCUACCUCAGUUUGCAUUAUCAGGCCUGAAUGAGGCCUUUGCUGUUGUUGCUAUAAUGGAAUUCUUCACCUUACAAAUGCCAGAGAACAUGAGGAGUGUUUCUGGGGCACAAACUUUGGAAGAGAACUGGGGAAGGGCCCAAAGGCCCAUUGUUAAUCAUGCGUGGGCUUCUACUGUGUGGCCUAUAACAGACAGGGGUGUGAGUAGCAACUCUGUGGAAACAGAGAAAGAACCGAAACAAACGCGCAAGGGUGAUUGGACGCACUUUUGGCGUGACAUUUUCAAUUUUCUGAGAGUUGAAACGAGGAAACAACUCAACAACAAUGGCUGCUUCUGUUGCCAAUUGCGGCUUAUUCGCCAUCAGGAACAGGUUAUGCGGUUAGGAGAGGAUGUUCAGAUUUAUCUCAUUCAAUCAGGCCUUCAUGCCAACCCUCUUGCUGUUCUCCGACAAAGGUUUCUUCUUUUCCUCAAUAAUCACUGCAAUAUAACACAGGAUGCCAUUGUAAUUUACUUGUAA